UCCUCAGAUCCCACCUGAGCGGUCCCUCCCGGCAAGGCGUGCAGCUCUCGAACGCUCUGUAGCUGUGCUGCCUCCGUUAACUCUCCUGGACCACACCAAGUUCAGAUAACCGCAUUGCCAUUUGCAUGCCGAAUCGUACAUACUAUUCCGGCAUGGCAAGAUUAAGCGUGGGUUGAAAGAUGCCACCAGCGCGAAGCCAACAUGUACUGCUCGAAGUCUCAUCCCCUUUCCCUGUGUACCAGCAUAGUUCAUCAGCAGCUGCACAGAACCGCAAAUGGGGCCAACGGAAGGGCGAGUAACUAUCUCGCCUUCAAUGCCAAGCAACCUCUCGGGUAGUAUUGACGCGAGCGCCGAGACACCAUGACCUACCGUACCUUAGCAUUACGCGCAAGCUCACAGCCAUAUAAGCUGUCUGGCAACAUAGUGCUGCUCAACAUGCAUACACUUGGGCUUGUCGAAUCACGUGUGCAAGCGUCAUAACUUUGAAGACGAUGUCCCAGCCCAGUCUCUCUAAGCCAACCUUUGAACAUCACCAUAGCGGCCUAGGCCUUGAUUGCGCGCGUCCGCGCAUCUCAUGGCGCUUCACAUGGCCACAACAGGCCGCACCACCCUCGGCAUGGAGUCAGACACGAUACGAAAUCGAGGUCUUGCUCGAUGGCGACCACAGUGCAAAUGUCUUCAAAGUUGAGAGCUCGCAAUCGGUACUAGUGCCGUGGCCAACAGCAGCUUUGCUUCCGCAGCAAUCGGCGACUGUACGUGUCCGAUGCUUUGGCGGGCGUGAGAGUGACGACCAUGAAGGGAGCACGGAAUGGUCUGAAAGCGCGCAAGUCGAGACAGCACUACUAAAGCCGGACCUGUGGAAAGCCCAGUUCAUCACAUCAGCUUCCCGUAGCCAUCCCCCAACUGGACCCCUUCGUCCACUGCGUUUCAGGAAGACCUUCGACUUGCCCGCUUCAGGGAGUAAAGUACUCAAGGCCCGCUUAUACAUAACCGCUCUUGGGGUUUUCGAUGUUUAUGUAGAUGGCGUACGUGCGACUGAUGAGUUACUGGCGCCUGGUUGGACGAGUUACAAGCACCGCCUGACUUAUCGGACGAUGAAUGUCACGAGCCUUUUGCAGAAAUCGACCGGCAAGCACGCGCUCUGCGUCGAGGUGGCCGAAGGUUGGUAUUGCGGACGACUCGGAUUCUUGGGAGGCCAGCGAUAUUUGUAUGGCCACACUAUGGCGCUACUAGCACAGUUGGAAGUUACACUCGACAAUGGCGAGGCUGAGCCGCUCAGAAUAUGCUCAGAUGAUACCUGGCGAUGUGCCGACAGUGCGAUAGAACGUAGCGAGUUCUACGAUGGGGAGACGUACGAUGCGAGGCAAGAAUGGAAUUGGAAUUCCGCUCUAGCUUCGCAGGAUGAUCGCUGGCGCGGGACUCGGAAAAUUAGUUGGCCAGAAACGAAGCUGGUUUGCCCUCAAAUGCCUCCUGUCAGAGUCACGGAGACACUACAACCAAAGGAGAUCUUCAAAACUCCUAGUGGAAAGACUAUUGUUGAUUUCGGGCAGAAUAUGGUGGGGAAAGUACUCAUAAAGUCGAUGCGUGUGCCUAAGAACCACACGGUCACACUACGACAUGCCGAGGUCAUGGAGCACGACGAACUCGGGACACGCCCACUACGACAAGCCCAAGCUGAAGAUACGUAUAUCUCGUCCGGUGAAGAGUGCAAGGACUGGACACCGGCGUUCACAUUCCACGGCUUCCGCUACGUCCAGAUUGACGGCUGGGAGCCUACAGAAAGUGAGAUCGCUGCGGUAGUGAUGAGCAGUGACAUGCCACGUCGUGGUUGGUUCUCCUGCUCCAAUUCCUGGGUCAACAAAUUGCACGAGAAUGUGUUAUGGUCCAUGCGUGGUAACUUCCUCUCGAUCCCCACCGACUGUCCUCAGCGAGACGAGCGGUUGGGAUGGACAGGCGACAUCCAGGUCUUCGCGCCUUCGGCCUGUUUCCUUUACGACACAACGAGUUUUCUUAGCAGCUGGCUCGAAGACGUCAUGGCGGAGCAGCUGGAGGAAGGAAAAGGAGGGAUACCACCGCUUGUCGUACCCAUCAUUCCGCUAGGGAACUGGCCACACAUGCCCCAAGCCGUCUGGGAUGAUGUCACCGUGCUCACGCCCAUGGAUGUCUUCAGCUAUUCUGGGGACACCGCGAUACUCGAACGCCAGUUGCCGAGUAUGCAGGCUUGGCUCGACGAAGCUAUUGACCGUGGCGAGGACGGCCUGUGGACGCGAGAUCGUUGGCAACUGGCCGAUUGGCUUGACCCUGGGGCUCCGCCGGAGGAUCCUGGUGCCUCCCGCACGGACAACGUAUUGGUGGCUGAUGCGUACCUUAUCCACGUCACGCGAACCAUGGCAACAGUGUGCUCGCAGCUCGGAAGGACAGAACUAGCGCAGAAGUACACGGCGGAUUCCGAGCGACUGCGUUCUCAUUUCCAACACAAAUACAUCACGCCUGCCGGGUACUUGAUGAGCAACACUCAGACCGGCCUAGCGCUCGCGAUUCACUUCGAUCUCUACCCUUCUACAACCCAACUUGCCGUAGCAGCAAAAGAACUCGCAACACAAGUGCAAUCCGCCAAAUUCCACAUCAGCACCGGCUUCGCCGGCACGCCAAUAAUCAGCCAUGCCUUGACCGAAACCCACCAGACACAGCUAGCAUACCGUAUGCUGCUGGAAACUACGUGCCCUAGCUGGCUAUACCCUAUCCGGAUGGGCGCAACCACGAUCUGGGAGCGCUGGAAUUCGAUGCUAGAAGACGGUUCGGUUAAUCCGGGCGAGAUGACGAGUUUCAAUCAUUAUGCCUUGGGCUCGGUAGCGGACUGGCUGCACAAGACCGUUGGGGGCAUAUCACCCGCUGAGCCAGGGUGGAGGGUGAUAAGGGUACGACCUGUGCCUGGUGGGAAUCUGACACACGCCGCGGUGUCGUUCGAGGGACCGUAUGGGUUGGUGAGUUGCUCUUGGAAGCUUACCUCGAAGGCCGGACCGGUCCAAGACGGGUCCUCCUCCUCCGCUGCGGCGGAGAGCUAUGCUUUCGAAAUGGAACUGACCGUGCCACCUAACUCGAGUGCCGUUGUGACACUGCCGUCGGAGCUAAAGCGUUCGCUGUCCGAUUCGGGCGAGGAGACGCAGACCGUGGUCAAAAGCGGCAGACAUGUCUUUACUUGCGAGUGGGAGCCAGCGCCGUGGCCUCCCAAGGCGCUGUUGUCCGCUGAUUUGAGGCCUGGGCAACCGACCAUAGCGGACGGGCCGUUAGAGGUGUGGAAGCCGAGUCGGUAGGAGACGGAUAUCCUGCGGUGAGUAGACGUCAGCUGCUUGGUUAGCUUUUGGGAACGGACCCGUAGCAAGAUAGAACGAGGAGAUAGUGCCGACACUUGCAGUCGAAUUGGAAGAUGCUGACGAUUGAAGUUUCGCUAUGCAGUCCGAGUGCCCUGCUGUUGUGACCCUUUGGCCAUCCUCCGUUGAACACUGAAUAUAGAG